AUCAAGGAGAUCAUCCACUGCAAGAGCUGCACUCUGUUCCCCCCCAACCCCAACCUUCCCCCUCCAGCUACGAGAGACCGCCCUCCAGGGUGUAAGACAGUGUUUGUUGGCGGUCUGCCAGAGAACGCCACAGAGCAACUCAUCAUGGAGGUCUUCGGACAGUGUGGUGAUAUCACCGCCAUACGCAAAAGCAAGAAAAACUUCUGCCAUAUCAGAUUUGCUGAAGAGUUUACUGUAGACAAGGCUCUCUUCCUGUCGGGUUAUCGUGUCCGCUUGGGCUCCAGCACAGACAAAAAAGACACUGGCCGGCUACACGUGGACUUCGCCCAGGCCAGAGACGACCUCUAUGAGUGGGAGUGUCGCCAGCGCAUGUUGGCCAGAGAGGAGAGGCACCGGCGCAAGAUGGAGGAGGAUCGCCUCCGGCCGCCCUCCCCUCCUCCCAUCGUCCACUACUCUGAGCACGAGUGCAGCCAGCUGGGAGACAAGAUCAAAGACGACGGUAAGUUUGCUGAAGCGGUGCGUGUGCUCUUGACGUGGCUGGAACGAGGCGAAGUCAACCGCAGGAACGCCAACAACUUCUACUCUAUGAUCCAAUCCUCCAACGGCCACAUCCGCCGGCUUACAGGCGAGAAGAGUCAGCAUGAGAAGGAGAUGGAAGAGGCCAAAGACAAGUUCAAGACCGCUCUGGCCGGCAUAGUGGCUCAAUUUGAACAGAUUGUGUCUGUAUUCCAAGCUGCUUCCAAACAAAAGGCAUGGGACCAUUUCUCCAAAGCUCAGCGCAAGAACCUGGACAUGUGGCGCAAACAAGCAGAGGAGAUUAGAAACAUGCACAGCGAGCAGCUGAUGGGCAUCAGGCGAGAGGAGGAGAUGGAGAUGUCUGAUGAUGACAUGGAGGACGUCCCUGACAGCAAGGACUCUGAGGACUCAGGUGUUUCCCAAGCAGAAGCCUUAAAGGAGGAGAAUGACUCCCUGCGCUGCCAGCUGGACGCCUACAGGAACGAGGUGGAGCUGCUCAAACAGGAACAAGGCAAGAACCAACCAAUCAGGAGUGAGGAGGACAACACUCACUCCCAGCAGCUCAGCUUCCUGCAGCAGGCUCUGCAGGGCAUGCAGAAGCAACUGUUAAAAAUGAGGGAAGAAUUAAAACAGCGGGAGGCAGAACUGGAGAAGAGUUUGGAGGACAAACAGCAGCUGAAGAACCAAGUCCAGAAUCUGAAGGAAGGACUACAGAACCUGCAAAACACACAUGCAAUGCAGCUGGAGAUGUCGAAGCAAGAUGACAGAGGCACAGAGGAGAGCGCUAAUCAAACCAGUGAAGCCACUGCAUCAACAGUGGUAUCUUGCAGUCAGGAGAAGGAAGGUCCUACAGAGAAGAAUCCACCAAGUCCCAUUCAAUCUGAGAGGGAAGCUCUGCUAGUUGGGAUCAUUUCGACGUUCCUGCACGUCCACCCAUUUGGAGCCAGCAUCGAGUACAUCUGUUCCUACCUGCAGCGUUUGGACACUAAG